AUGCUCAAUCCAGAAGCCAAUCCACUAUAUAGAUAAGUUCUAUAUGAUGGAUAGAAGAAAACCUAUAUUAGAACACUUUAAAAUCAUAAGAAUCAAAUAACUCACACUGAACAAUAUCAAUGGUAUGACAAACAAGAUUGCAUCAAAAAUACCGAUAAGAUUACUACCAUGAACAAUCUAUCAACUAUUUCAAAUGUUUCUUAUCAAAGAUUUAAGAAACCAGAGGAUAGUAAAAUCUUCACGCCUUUAGAACUGAGCAAACAGACUUCAAUACCAAUGAAAUAUUAAUAGAGAUAUUAAAGUUAGCAAGCUUUAUUUCCCUUGACUUCACCAAGAGUUACAGAAAGCUCAGCUAAACUAAUUGGCAAAUUCAUCUUAAAUGAAGGAAGUGGGCACUAUAAUUUACCUCCAUUAUAACCACCUUCUGAAACAUAUAGAAAUAGAUCAUAAGUUUUUUUUGGAUGA